GAUUUUUGCUACACCUAGUGUGACAUUUGUUCGUCGUCGAGUAGGAGAAGAAUUCAAUCAGGAGUGUGUGGUGCCUACUUUGAAACAUGGUGGCGGCAGCGUAAUGGUCUGGGGCUGCAUGAGUCGGAAAAAUGUCCGUGUGUGAGGGUCGCAUGGAUUCCACAAAGUACAUAAACGUACUUGCAUGUGCUCUUUUGCCGUCGUUUACCGCACUUUAUGGUGAUACCAACAUGAAUGGUGUCAAAUUCCAGCAAGAUAAUGCGCCUUGCCACAAAGCUGCACGGACAAAAAGGCUUGGUUCAGAGAAAACUGUAUCGAGCUUCUGGGUUGGCCUGCCCAGUCACAAGACCUGAGUCCGAUUGAACAUUUGUGUAACUUAUUAAAACGCAUGAUCAGGCGUCACACAAUCAACACAGAAGAAGAGUUAAAGCGCCGCCUACGUGAAGAAUGGAACGCUUUAACUUACGAAGAAUGUAAUAAACUUGCACGAUCUUUACCUAGAAGAAUUUCUGCUGUACUUAAGAAAUUAGAUCCACUUGUAAAUAUGGCAUCUAAUGCAGACUCCUGUGAUUCCUGUAAAGACAGCUUUGUAGUCAACUCAAAAUACAUUGAAGGCAGUAUAUGUGAAGGCAGAUAUCAUACAGUUUGCGUUUCGGUGAAGGACUCUUGGUUGAAGCUCUUUUCUGAUUGGGUUAAUUUUUCAUGGAGUUGUGAUAAAUGUAUUCUCCAAUCCCAGUCACGUGGACAGCAACUGGCUUCUGAAAUUGCAGCAUUGAAAAAAGAGAUCGAAUUUUUAACACAUGAGAAGAACUUGAGCUCUAAAAUGAUAGAGCAACUAGAAUACACAAACAAUCUCCAAAAAUCAGUCAUUGAUUCGCAUCAGCAACAAGCAGCUCAUUCCAAGAUGAAUUCAGUUAUGCUACCUUCGAGAUCAACUACUUCCGCAACGCUAAGCUUUAGCGAUGCAGUCAAAAAAAUACCGAACAGGUCUUCUGUCUUGCUAAUCAAGUCUGACAGUAACUCUGGCAAUAACGAUAUUCUGCGGGAUGUAACAACUUCAGUAAAUCCUGCUAAAAUUAAUGUUUGCAUUAAUAACACGCACAAAAUAAGAAAUGGAAUUGCAGUUCACUGUCAAGAUGAGAAACCGCCUCGGGGAAGUUUGGAUGUUGCAGUAAGUAUAUUAGAUAAUACGUUGUCCAUCUUAGCACCGUCUAAUGAAUGCAUCUUGGUACUUGGUGACCUCAACGUUAAUUUCUUUAUUGAUAAUAAGAUUAAUCAGUGCUUUCAAUCUUACAGCCUGCACCAGUUAUUGAAUGAACCAACUCGAAUAAUUGAUCACUCUUCAACGCUUUUAGAUCCGGUUUUCUUCAACUGUGCACAAAGAUGUUCCAAAGUGGGAACUUUCACUGUUAACUUUAGUGACCAUCAGGCAGUAUUCUGUCACAUUUCGUGUAAAAACAAUAAACCACCACCUAGACUAAUUACAUUUAGAGACUAUCGCAAUUGUGAUCUAACCUCUUUUGACGAUGACUUAUUUAGCGUUAAUUGGGCUGAGUAA